AUGGGGAAGCAAGUUCCUGAAAGUGCCAGGUAUCAUCAGCCUAUUAAGACGUCUGUUCCCAUGAAUAUGUCAAUCGGAACGAAACCCACCCUCAUUGAGGUCAAGGGGAUGAGGUUUCUGAUCAUGGACGCCCCAAAGCAAGGAAACUUGCAUCUGUACAUCAAAGAAAUGCGGAAGCAGUCGGUCACCGAUAUUGUCAGAGUGUGUGAGCCGACUUAUGUUGCCAGUGAGUUAACCACGGCUGGAAUUCAAGUCCAUGAGAUGGAAUAUACAGAUGGAACGUCGCCACCGAAGGAGUUAAUCGACAAAUGGCUGUUGCUGGUGGACCAAACGUUCUUCCAGCAGAAGUCGGGUGGUGAUAGUAACCCAUGCAUCGCAGUUCAUUGCGUUGCAGGCCUUGGUCGUGCUCCUGUGAUGGUGGCUAUUGCCUUGAUUGAGUUUGUUGAUAUGGACCCAGUCGAAGCUGUUGCGUUAAUUCGGCGACAAAGGCGAGGGGCCAUCAAUGAAAAGCAGCUACUCUACCUCGAGAAGUACAAAAAGUCCUACAAGAAAGGCGACGCAGCUUGUUGCAUCAUUCUUUAG